AAGGCUACACUGAAAUGAACAUUGUGAGAAAACUCAAUUUAAUGAUACCUUGGAGUAUACUCUUGCUUCAAAUACUGCUGUUUUCAUUACAAGGAUAUAUUUGUGUAUCAUCAGUCUUGAAGGCAAGAUCAGAAAACAGGUUUAAUGAAAAUCAACAGAAAAGAGCUCUUUUAGCGGCCCAGUCUGAAUCCACUUCUCCAAGAUAUUUCUUCCAUGAAGCUAUUAAUUGGGGUGAGAGCAAAAUAAAAGGUUCUUGUCCUCAUGAAUGCCUUAAUGGGGCUUUCUGUUCUAAGACUGGUAUGUGUGACUGUCAGAUAUUUCAGGCACUUGGGACAAGGUGCCAGAUUGUGCCAAACAUGGGCAAUGGCAGAGAUGGGAUUUGCAAAACCUGGGGACAGUACCACUUUGAAACGUUUGAUGGCAUCUACUACUAUUUCCCAGGAAACUGUUCUUACAUUUUUGCAAAGGACUGUAGUAAUUUGGAGCCUCGGUAUACUGUAUGGGUUCAUAACAGCCCGAGGUGCCUUGGUUCAGUGUAUUCUUGUUAUCGGUCAAUCAGCUUGUUCUUCUCAGACCAGGAGGAAAUCCAAAUUUAUGGGCACGAAAUAAAAAAGGAUGGAAUCAGUUUAACAUUGCCUCAGACAAUCGGACAAGUCUUCAUCGAGAAACUAGCCGACUAUAUUCUGGUGAAAACAACUUUUGGUUUUUCAUUGGCGUGGGAUGGAAUAUCUGGGAUUUACCUCAAACUGUCUGAGGAGCAUAAAGGGAAAUCAUGUGGCCUAUGCGGAAACUACAAUGGCAUUCAAUCCGAUGAUUUUAUCAUUCAACAAGAGGAUUAUACAGAAGACAUUGCCAUGUUUGCAAAUAGUUGGUCUGUGCACAUUCCAGAGGACACCAAAUGUGUACCCACACCCUCAGAUUUUCCCAAUCCAUGCUCCAGUGGAAUGCCAGCAUUUGAGGCGAUCUUCUUCAAGUGCCAGAUACUGUUGCAGUUUCCUUUUUUGAGCUGCCAUGAAUAUAUUGAUCCAUAUUUAUAUAUUGCCAGCUGUGUUAAUGAUCUCUGCAAAACUCAUGAUGAUGAUACCUACUGCCGGGCAGCUACCGAGUAUGCUCGAGCCUGUUCCCACGCCGGCUACCCUAUUCAAGACUGGAGAGAUGACUUCCCAGCAUGCACUGAUAAAUGCGAUGACAGCUUUGUCCAUCGGGAUUGCAUCAGUUGUUGCCCACCAACCUGUACAUUUGAAAAACAAUGUCUUGGGAGCAAUCUCCGUUGUCUUGAUGGAUGUUACUGCCCCGAUGGCCUCAUAAUGGACAAUGGGACUUGCAUCUCCUUGGAAAAUUGCCCAUGUAGUUUUCAUGGAUUAGCUUACUCAGUUGGUUCAAAAAUUGAACAAGAAUGUACUGAAUGCAUAUGUGUUGGUGGAGUUUGGAACUGCACUGAGCAUGACUGUCCAGUUCAAUGCUCUGUUGUGGGCGAUUCUCAUUUUACAACUUUCGACGGCCGGCACUAUUCUUUCAUUGGAAUGUGUCAAUACAUCCUUGUGAAAGCAACUGGAAAAGAUAAAUUUACAAUUACUUUACAGAAAGCACAUUGUGAGCAGAAUCUUGGCUUGGUCUGCCUUCAGUCUAUAACUCUAAUUCUGGAGGAUGAUUUUAACAAGCAAGUGACCCUUAGCAGGGGAGGACAGAUUGUCACCAGCCCUAACCAAGGCUUCAGUCUGAAUGGAAUUGUUGAAAUUCAAACUCUGUCAUCCUUGUUUAUUCUUCUAAAAACCACAUUUGGCUUAAAGAUUCUGUUUGCUAUAGAUGGAGAAAGAAUUUAUAUUCAGCUUACGAGUGCAUGGAAAAGAAGAACAUUAGGUCUGUGUGGGACUUUUAAUGGGAACAUAAGAGAUGAUUUUCUUUCCCCAUCUGGCAUGAUAGAAGGUACCCCACAACUUCAUGCAAAUGCAUGGAGAGUUUCCUCCACCUGUUUUGCCCCUGUUCAUGUCCCUGUGGUGGACCCCUGCAAUAUUAAUCAAGAGAACAUUGCAUACGCAGCACACUGUGACGUUCUCCACCAGGAGCUCUUUGCUCCCUGCCAUGUCUACAUCAGCCCUGGCCUCUACUACCAGCUAUGCCGGCAUGAUGCAUGCCGGUGUGGGAGCCCGUGCCUGUGCAACGCCCUUGCUCACUAUGCCCAUCUCUGUGGCCAGCGUGGCGUUCCUGUUGAUUUCAGAGCCCAGAUUUCCCUCUGUGGGCUGGUGUGCGGGAGAGGCAUGCUGUACCACCUCUGCGCCUCCUCCUGCCUGCGCUCCUGCGCGCCCCUCUCGUCGCCAGGCCGCUGCGGCGACGACUGUGCGGAGGGCUGCCACUGUCCUGACGGCAAGUACUAUGAAGACACGCUCAGCUUCUGCGUGCCCCUAUACCACUGCCGGUGUCAUUAUAAGGGUAGCAUUUAUCAGCCGGGGGAGCUCAUCCCAACACCCUCAGGCUUAUGCCAGUGUGCAAAUGGGACUGUGCAAUGUGAUGAACCAGCAACGCCCUCUACUGUUCAUGCCUGUCCCGAGGGAAAACAGUAUUUCGACUGCAGGUUUCCUGACCCUGAAUUACCAGCUGGUGGUGUAAAUUGUGAGACUACAUGUGCAAACCUGGCCAUGAACUUCACUUGCGCCCCAUCCUCACCCUGUAUAAGUGGCUGUGUUUGCUCUCCGGGAAUGGCAGAGCACAAAGGAAACUGUUAUGUUCCUGAAAGCUGUCCAUGUAUCUGGAAAGAUUGGGAAUACCUCUCAGGAGAAGUGAUUGCUACACCGUGUUAUACCUGGGGCAGAAGAGUGUGGCGUUAUUGUUUUGAGGAGUACAAUGCCGGUACACAUGAUUCAGAUAUAUCUGUCAUUGCCCAGAACAAGAAAUGCUUUGACAAUGAUAUUGUUUGUUCUAAAAGUGUUUUGAUUUCAGCUGGGGACACUGAAAUUUACCUGAAUGAUACUCCUUACAAACAGAAAGAAUCAGGUUUUCUUCUGGAAGAUAAUCCUACAUACCAGCUUUGGAAAGCAGGGUACUACAUUGUAGUGUACUUUCCAGAGAUAGAUAUCACUAUUCUUUGGGAUAAAAAGACAACCAUUCAUAUCAAAGUUGGACCACAGUGGAAGAACAAAUUAUCAGGAUUAUGUGGAAACUUUGACAAAUGUACUUCAAAUGAUAUGACCACAUCCAAUAACUUAGAAGUGAGAAAUGCCCAGGUAUUUGGAGAUAGCUGGGCGUUAGGACAGUGUGAAAACCCAACUGAAUCAUUUAAACCGUGUGAGGCACAUCAAAGCAAAUUUCCUUAUGCCAAGAAAGAAUGCUCCAUCUUUUACAGUGAUGUUUUUGCUCCUUGUCGUAAUGUGAUUGAUGUUACUUCUUUUGCGAAGAACUGCCAUGAAGACACAUGUCACUGUAAUCUUGGUGGGGACUGUGAGUGUUUUUGUACCAGCGUAGCGGCAUACGCCUACAAGUGCUGUCAGGAGGGGGUGUCAGUUCACUGGAGGCCAUCCACUGUUUGUUCACUUGAUUGUGAAUAUUAUAAUGAAGGGCUUGGAGAAGGACCGUAUAUGCUGGCAAAUUAUGGGCAGAGUGGCCUUGUUCUGGGGGCCAAUAUGACCAGUAGAAGUGUUUUCUCUUUGCCAAGACAUAGUAUUCAUGGCAAUUUAUUUUUUAAUUUUAUGAUCACUCCAGGUCUUUUCAAAGAGAAGGCAUCAUCAUUGGUACUUGUUUCCCUGGAAUCUGCUGAAAGGCCAAACUAUUUUCUCUGUGUCCACGAUGAUGACUCUCUUAGUUUGGAACUGUGGAAGGCGAAUCCAGCCUUUCAACGGGGAGCCACAUUUUUCCACCAUCAAGGUCUCUGGAUUCCUGGGUACAGUGCAUUUGAAUUAUACAGCAAGAAAGGCUUUUUCAUCAUAUUCACAGACUCCAGUGUCAAAGCAUCAAAAUACGAUGAUUCUGAAGAAUUUAAGCAUUCAAGUAGUUUCAGCAUAGAAGAAAUCCAGGCAGCUGUGCCUUACAGGAGGAUGUGUGAAUGGAGAUACGAGCCCUGUGCCAUUCCCUGUUUUAAAACAUGCAGUGAUCCUGACGCACAGGCGUGUACAUUUCUUCCACCGGUUGAAGGAUGCUUGCCCUACUGUCCUAAAAAUAUGAUUCUUGAUGAGGUCACCCUCAAAUGUGUUUAUCCAGGAGACUGCAUACCUCUGAUUCCCACAGAACCAGAAUUAAUGACACCAGGUAAGCCAUCUCUACUCAUGUUUAUAGGUCCAGAAAUGAUUACCCCAUCAGACUUCACUGUGUUUGACAUGCUAACACCCACAACAGGCUUGGAAUGUGAGCCUCAACAAUUUGAUCCUGUUUAUAAUUGUAGCCAAUAUAUAUGCCUGAAUAUGGAAUGGACACUCUAUAACUGGUCCCUUCAUUGCCCGAAGGACUUGGAAAUGCCUGACUGUGGUUUCCGGGGAAGACCUGUUCAAGUGAACACUGACAUCUGCUGCCCCGAGUGGGAAUGUCCUUGUCGCUGUUCCAUGCUGUCAGAACUGAGCAUUAUCACGUUUGAUGGAAACAAUGCAGCGUUAUAUAGUAUGGCUACCUACAUCUUAGUAAGAAUUCCUGGGGAAGUUAUAGUUGCUCAUAUUGAAAAAUGUUCCAUCAAUCAGAAUGGAAACUCAUUGAAAAAGCCAGCUUCCUCUGGAAGAAUCUCUGGACUUUGUUUUAAGAAAUUAAAUUUGACAACAUCUCUACAUAAAAUGCUUGUCAAUCGGGCAGCAAGAAAGGUGGAAGUGGAUUCUAUUGUUGUGCCUUUGCCCUUUUCAAAUCAAGAACUGUCCAUAGAGGAUUCUGGUACCAUGUACGUCAUCACUACUCCCGCUGGGCUAAUCAUAAAGUGGGCACAUCUCACAGGGAUCAUAGACAUCCACUUUAGUUUUCGAUUUAACUUGUCAUCUUACACAGAAGGACUUUGUGGAAUUUGCAAUGAAGAUCCAGAGGAUGAUCUAAGGAUGCAAAAUGGCACAGUUAUUACAAAUAUGGAGGACAUAGAAUUAUUUAUUGAGAGCUGGGAAAUUGAGAAAGCAUUUGAAGUAACAACGAGGAAACCUGUUAGGAAUUGUACUGAGCACGACUGCAGCCACUGCACUGAAUUAUUAAACAGAAGCGUCUUUACUCCAUGCCAUGAUAAAGUUUCACCGCAGGACUUUUGUGAAAAGAUGUGGAUCAAUUAUACCUAUUUUUGGAAUUAUGAAUGUGACGCACUUUCUGCAUAUGUGGCUCUGUGCAGCAAGUUUGACAUCUGUGUUCAGUGGAGAACACCUGAUUAUUGCUCUCUGCGUUGCCCAGAGGGGAAGGAAUAUCAACCCUGUGUGAGAACGUGUGAAGCAAGAACAUGUCUGAACAGAUGGUUCUAUGGACAUUCUUCGUGCGUGAUUUUAAGAGAAGACUGUGUGUGCAAAACUGGAACCAUUCUCCACCGGCCAGAGUCAACUCAGUGCAUCCCAGAGGAAGAAUGUGCAUGUACUGAUAGUGAAGACCAGCCCCGCACUGCUGGGGAGAUUUGGAAUGGCGGCAUUGAUGAAUGUGCCCUAUAUAAAUGUUUGGAGAAUGGAAGCAUUGUUCCUAUUGAACCUGUUUGUGAUGAAGAGCUCUCGACCAUUUGUGAACGAGAAGCUGAAGUUGUCCUAGCCAUCACUGAUAAGUUGACCUGCUGUUCAAAGGAAGUUUGUGGAUGUGAUAUGACUUUGUGUGAAGCUACUAUUCCAACAUGUGCAUAUAGUCAAAAAUUGAUCAUUGGCUACAGCCCUCUUUCUUGCUGCCCACAGUACCAAUGCGAAUGUGACCCAUUCAGAUGCCCCAAUAUUUCAAUACCAGAAUGCAGAGAAGACCAAUUCAUGAUUCAGAGUCAACAGGAAGAGCCUUGCUGUUUUUCUCCUCUCUGUAUUUGUGAAUCUUGCACUGCACCUAUUCCAGCAUGUACUGAUGGGGAAUUUCUCACUGUGGAUCUUAAUACCACAGACUACUGUUGUCCUCAGUAUUCCUGUGUUUGUGAGCCAAAACUUUGUCCUAUGCCACUACUCAACUGUGCAGAAGAUAUGAAACUUGUGAAAGAAAAUAUAUCUGGUCAGUGUUGUCCAAUAUGGCAUUGUGAAUGUAGCUGUGAAAACCUUGUUAUGCCAACUUGUGAAGUGGGAGAAUUUACUACAAUAGACCCUAGGUUUCAGAGUGACUGUGGAUGUGUACGAUAUCUCUGUGAAAAAGGCGAUGUGUGUGUAUUUCAAGAAGUAUCAGUAUUGAAUCCUGGCCAAUCAAUGAUAAAGGAUUUGGAACGGAACUUUUGUAACACAGUAGAGUGUCUGGAAGACAAAGAUAACUAUACAGGUUUUCACACUCUGAAUUUUGCAGUGGUGAAUUGUUCAAAAGAAUGUGAUGUUCACCAGGUAUAUACUCCAUCUUCAAGUGAUUUUGACUGUUGUGGUACUUGCAAAAACAUAUCCUGCAAAUUUCAAAUGGAAAAUGGAACAUCAAUUAUACAUGAGGAGGGGAGUACCUGGCACUAUAACUGUACCACAUAUGAAUGUGUUAAGACUGAUGAGGGGACAAUGAUUCUGAACUACAGUAUGGUCUGUCCCCCUUUCAAUGAGACUGAAUGCAAAAUGAAUGAAGGGAUUGUAAAGCUUUAUAAUGAAGGCUGUUGCAAGAUCUGUAAAAGAGAAGAAAGAAUAUGCCAGAAAGUCAUCAUUAAAUCAAUCAUAAGGAGACAAGACUGUGUCAGUCAAAGCUCUAUCAAUGUUGCAUCUUGUGAUGGAAAAUGCCCAUCAGCUACAAUAUACAACAUCAAUAUUGAGAGCCAUCUGAGAUUCUGCAAGUGUUGUCGCGAGAAUGGUGUGCGAAACUUGACCGUGCCUCUGUAUUGCUCAGGAAAUGGCACUGAAAUCAUGCACACUCUCCAGGAACCUACAGACUGCACAUGCCAGUGGAAUUAAACUCUCAGAUUCCAAGAACUCUUUACAACAUCAUCAUGUCAAAUGGAGUUAACUUUUUUCACUCUUAAUGAGGCACUGACCAAAUUUAUACUGUUUAAUGUAUUGUUCAGACUACUGGGAUAUGGCUACUUAACACCUGGUACAAAAUAUAGACAAUUUCCAUGGAAAAGUUAAGAUUUAUUGAUUUACUCUAUUUAGAGAAUCAAAUGAUUAUAAGUUGUUCAGUUGAAAAGCUAUUAAGUAUAUAGUUACAAUAUGCCAUAGACCUGGGAUAUUCUCAUCAAUCAGAAGGUUUUUUUUACAGAACUCUUUCUGUUUCAUUCAAUAGAUAUUUUUUGAUUUGUAAAGUCUUUAGAUUUGCAAAGUGUCAUAGCUAUACAAAUUAAGAUGCUCUUUUAAUCUCUACUGUUUGUUCUGGUAAAUACAUCUGUUAAAAUUGGUAUCUGGCUAGUCAUAAGUAUGCUUAGAUACAGACCAUAGAAUUAAAGGAUUUUAGAUUAUUUAAAGCCUAAAUGGAUAUUUAGAGAUGUUAUUGCAAAUUCCCCUUAUUUUUUUGAUGUAUCAGAUAACCAGAGAAGCUGUGUGACUGCACAGAUUGAUUGGUGUAACAAUACAGUGAAUUCACAUUGACAUCGGUUAAGUCUAGACCUUUUAUAUUCCAGUCCAGUUCUUUUCUUUUGAACAGUAUAGUAAGGCGUCUAUCACAGAAUCUUUUAUUAAAGGUUUGCUUUGCAUAGAAUGAAGAAUUUUAAAUUAAUGCCUCAAAAAAAGAAAAACAAUGCCACACAUACAUAUGUAUACAUGUACAUAUAAUAAUUAUCCUAAUAACAAGGAAUUAAUAAUAAGGGGAAAUAAAACAUCACUUGUUAAAUAGAGGAGGGAUAUCUUUGGCUUUUAGUUUUUAUCCAUUAAAACUGUUACUAAAUACACUGUUGCUAUUUAACAUUCAGUUAGCUAUUCACUCUCUCAAGGUAUCUGAUUUUUGAGAUGUAUUUGCAUCCUGUUGAAGUUUCACACUAUAUUGCUUUUCAUGCUGCUGCUUUGCCAAUGAAGAAUGAAUAAAAUUAUUUGAAUGUAUCAAUAAUUCUAGAAUGUACUUUUAAAAUACAGCAAAUUAUUGACAUUUGUAGAGAACAUAUCCUGAGACGCUUGAAAAUCCCCAAAUUCAUCACCACUUGUAGUAUAUAAAUAUCUGAGUCGCCUCCUCUGUAAAAAGGAGAGAACGCCCUACUUGGGAUGAUUGUUGUGGGGAUCAAACGAAAUUAAACAUCAACAUAGAGCAGUAAAGUUGCACUGAAAAGCAGAUGUGGGAACCUGACAAACGAGGCUCAGAUUUAUCGAGAUUAUUUGCUUCCAUUUCAAAAUCAUGCUUCCCAGAAAAAUUGCAACUUAUUAGAUAUUUUGGACCUCCAGGCUCAUUUAGGAAUGGAUGAAAGAAUGAAAUGAACAUUGUACCUGCCAAGUCCCAGUGUCUAUUGUAUGUAAA